AUGCCGUGUGCGGGGAUCCGCGCGUUGGAUUUGGUCGGUGCUGAGCACCUGCGGCUCUGCCGGGCCCUGCGCUGGGCAUCAGAAGCUUGCAGAACGGGAAGGCCUCGCAGCCGGGGGAAGGCGUCUGUGGAAGAUGAAGACAGCGUGGACGGGCUGGAGACGGCAGAGACAGAAAGCACCGCGGAGACAGCAGAGAUCAAAGAACAGUCUGCCGAGGAGGACGCCGAGGCCGAGGCGGACGGCAGGGACGGCGGCAAGCGGCCAGCGCCCGCCCUGCAGCGCUCCGUGUCCGAGGAGUCCGCCAGCUCCCUGGUCUCCGUCGGCGUCGAGGCCAGAAUCAGUGAACAGCUCUGUGCUUUUUGUUACUGUGGUGAAAAAAGUUCCUUAGGACAAGGAGACUUAAAGCAGUUCAGAGUGACGCCCGGAUUUAUCUUGCCGUGGAAAAACCAGCCUCCCUGCAGGAAGGACCCUGAUGACAACAGCAAUGGGACCUGCGAGAAGAUUCAAAACUCGGCACCACGAAAACAGAGAGGACAGAGGAAAGAACGGUCUCCUCAGCAGAACGCAGUGUCCUGUGUGAGUGUGAGCACGCAGACCGCCUCCGACGACCAGGCUGGCCAGCUGUGGGACGAGCUCAGCCUGGUCGGCCUUCCCGACGCCGUCGAUGUCCAGGCCCUAUUUGAUCCCGCAGGCACCUGUUGGGCGCAUCGCCGCUGUGUGGAGUGGUCGCUGGGCGUGUGCCACGUGGAAGAAGCAUUACCCGCAAACGUGGACAGAGCUGUUGUCUCAGGGAGCACAGAACGAUGUGCAUUUUGUAAGCACCUUGGAGCCACUAUCAAAUGCUGUGAAGAGAAAUGUGCCCAGACGUACCAUUACCCGUGUGCUGUGGGGGCCGGCACCUUCCAGGACGUCAGCCACUUCUUCCUGCUCUGUCCAGAGCACAUCGACCAAGCUCCUGAACGAUCAAAGGAAGAUGCAAACUGUGCAGUGUGCGACAGCCCGGGAGACCUGUUAGAUCAGUUCUUUUGUACCACUUGUGGUCAGCACUAUCAUGGAAUGUGCCUGGAUAUAGCGGUCACUCCAUUAAAACGGGCAGGUUGGCAAUGUCCCGAGUGCAAAGUGUGCCAGAACUGCAAACAAUCGGGAGAAGAUAGCAAGAUGCUAGUGUGUGAUACGUGUGACAAAGGGUAUCAUACCUUUUGUCUUCAACCAGUUAUGAAAUCAGUACCAACCAAUGGCUGGAAAUGCAAAAAUUGCAGGAUCUGUGUCGAGUGCGGCACACGGUCUAGCCCUCAGUGGCACCACAAUUGCCUGGUUUGCGACAGCUGUUACCAGCAGCAGGACAACCUGUGUCCUUUCUGCGGGAAGUGCUACAACCCAGAGCUGCAGAAGGACAUGCUUCACUGUAACAUGUGCAAAAGGUGGGUUCACUUGGAAUGUGACAAACCAGCAGACCAGGAACUGGAUUCUCAGCCCAGAGAAGACUACGUCUGCACGUACUGCAAACACCUGGCGGCCGAGAUGGGCGCCCUGGAGCCGGGCGCGGGCGUGGAGCUGGCCGGUGUCCCUGCAGAUAACAAUGACAUGGAAGUUGAAGGCCCUGAAGACCCUGUGGUAUUUCUGGAGCAAGGAGUUAACAAAGAUGCCAGCGGUCAGGAGUCUGCACCUGGAAUUGUUCCAGAUGAGUCAUCUCAAGACAACAUGCUUCCUGAAUUGGAAAAUCGGGUUUCUGACGCAGUCAAUGAUGGGACAGUGGAGCCGCCCUGUAAAGCGUCGCAACCCUGUGCCGGAGGUCCCCGCGAAGACACGCUGGAGGUGACAGAGGACGGCGUGGUCCCCGCGCUCCAGGCGCCGCAGGCCGAGGCCCAGCCUCCAGAAGCCGCC